UCCGUUCUCUGACCUUUUUAGCUAGAGAGGGUAGUUGCUUGUUUUUUUGAUUGUUUAGAAGAGAUAGAGAGAGGCCUUUUGUUUGUGUGAGAAUGUUGGGAGUGUUCAGCAGCGCGAUCGUUUCUCCGCCGGACGAGCUUGUGGCAGCCGGUUGCCGUACUCCGUCCCCAAAGAUCAAGGCGUCGGCGCUGGUGAACCGCUUCCUUGAGACCAAUGACUCGGCGGUGUCCGUCCAGAUCGGUGACCAUGUCCAGCUGGCUUAUACACACAAAAAUGAGUCCCCUCUGCAGCCCAGAUCAUUUGCUGUCAAGGAUGAGAUAUUCUGCUUGUUCGAUGGAGUGCUUCACAACUUGGGAAGUUUGAGGCAGCAAUAUGGACUUGCCAAGUCCGCAAAUGAGGUGAUUUUGGUCAUUGAGGCUUACAAGACCCUUCGCGAUCGGGCUCCCUACCCUGCUAACCAUGUUGUUGGCCACCUCAGUGGGAAUUUUGCUUUCAUUGUCUUUGACAAGUCCACUUCCACCUUGUUUGUGGCUUCUGAUCAAUUUGGAAAAGUUCCUCUCUAUUGGGGAAUCACUGCUGAUGGAUAUGUGGCCUUUGCCGACGAUGCUGAAUUACUCAAAGGUGCUUGUGGCAAGUCACUUGCUUCUUUUCCUCAAGGAUGUUUCUUCUCCACGGCUGUUGGAGAACUGAGAAGCUAUGAGAAUCCUAAGAACAGGAUAACCGCGGUUCCUGCUAGCGAGGAAGAGAUCUGGGGUGCUACCUUCAAGGUGGAAGGGCCAACAAUUGUUGCAGCCACAGAGUAGAGGCUGGUUCUUCUCUUUGAUUGUUCAUAUCCACAUCUCCAUCCAGAAGAAGAAAAAAAGGGUCUCAACUCUCAAGUGGUUGCAAUUUGUAAAUGGUCAGUGGUGCAUAAGUCAGUGUCAUGACUCAUGAGAGAAUAUCAUAAGCAGUGGGUAAGUGUCGGUCUGUAUGUAGAAUGGGCAAGUGAAACAUCCAUGCUUUUGUGAAAAGUAGUAUGCAACUUCUUUGUAGGAAGCUUUAUAUCCUACUUUAAUUAGGUCCUUUGCUUUCUAAUUAGCCUCUGCUCAGUCUGCUCAACCUACUUAUGUACAGUUAUGCAUUUCUGUUUCAAUAAAUAUUUGUAUGCGUUUCAAUGAAGAUCAAUGGAAAUGGAAUCUACUUUAUGUAGUUUCUAUUCAAUUACCA